CUGUUUGUGUCACAUGCAAAGAGACCCAAGGAAAUAGCAGAACACCGCCGUUUGCGUCCGUAUCCGUAAACGAGGAAGGACUUUACCACGACAACAAUGGUCAAGGUGUGAAAGACUGGCAUGUAUUGUUUAACAACACACUCAGUCCGCAAAAGGUCUGCCUGGCGGCAGAUGGUAAUCUCGCUCAACCCGGCAUCUAUUGGGAGUGCCGGCGAACACUGACGCAGCAUGACCAAUGGGAAUGAGUCCUGUCUGUCGGGGGACGGCUCCAUCAGCUUCAUAUCAUGUCUGAUUCUCGCCUGGGAGGAGUGGGCCGGCCUGGGACACCUGGAGGACUACCUGAGUUACCUGGAGUACCUACUGUGGGUCUUCACGCCUCUGGCCAUCGUCUUCCUGCUGCCCUUCCUCAUCGUCAUCCUCCUGUACCUCUCUAUACUCUUCCUGCAUGUGUACAAGCAUAAGAAUCAACUCAGGGAGGCCUAUUCCAACAACCUGUGGGACGGUGCAAGGAAAACCCUGGCAACUCUGUGGGAUGGACAUGGAUUCAUAUGGCAUGGUUAUGAGAUACACGGGUUGGAAAAGAUUCCAGACGAAGGACCUGCCCUCAUAGUUUAUUACCACGGAGCUAUACCAAUCGAUUAUUAUUACUUCCUGGCAAAUGUUAUUAUUCAGAAAGGACGAACCUGUCAUUCUGUGGCAGAUCAUUUCCUGUUCAAAGUUCCUGGUUUUAAGCUGCUGCUGGAGGUGUUCAGUGUGAUGCACGGACCCCAGGAAGAGUGCGUGAAGGCCCUGCAAAGUGGCCAUCUCCUGGCCAUCUCCCCUGGCGGGGUACGGGAGGCACUCUUUAGCGACGAGACCUACCCACUGCUCUGGGGCAGACGCAAGGGUUUCGCGCAAGUGGCCAUCGACGCCAAAGUGCCAAUAAUUCCUAUGUUUACACAGAAUGUCCGAGAAGGAUUUCGUUCUCUUGGAACACUAAAAUUUUUCAGAUGGAUAUACGAAAGGUUCCGCAUUCCAGUGGCGCCGGUCUAUGGAGGUUUCCCUGUAAAAUUCCGAACCUUUCUGGGUGACCCCAUUCCUUAUGAUCCCAAACUUAGCGCGGCAGAGUUGGCAGAAAAGGUGCAGGAUGCUGUGCAGGCACUUAUCGAUCAGCACCAAAAAAUCCCUGGUAACGUCCUCAGAGCUCUUCUUGAGCGGUUUCACAGACGACCUAAAGAAGCCUAGUCACUUCCAAUGAAUCAAAUUGUGCUCAUUCCUGAGAGUGUGGAUUGGCGGGAAGGAUUAAAACAAGUUACUGAUAUGAUGACACAUUGGCACUAAAUACACAGUUGUCUGUGUCACGAAUGCACAUAUCUAAAUAAGAUGUGUCUGUUGCACCAUAAAGACAUUUGAGCUGGUA